UAAGGUAUACACCCUUUUUGUCAAUGUAAACAACUAAAUCAGUCCGUCCGCUGGAGAACUGGUUUAAAAUGGGGAGAUAUAAAUGUGCCUACAACUGCGAAAGCUCCAGUGAAUCAGAUGUAAAGUUUUUUAAGUUUCCUAUUUACAAUCCCCGCAAACUGAAGAAAUGGCUCCUCAACAUGAAGUGGAAGGACUGGACUCCCUCCCGCUUCUCUGUGCUGUGCAUCAAUCAUUUUGAGGAGCAGUUCAUCGACAGAACAGGCAAAAGUGUGAAACUCAAAGAAGAUGCAGUUCCCACCAUAUUUUCAUCCCCUGACAAGACACAGACAAGGAAGGCUUCCAUCAAACCCAAAAGUAAGAGAAAAAAGACACAUGCCUCCCCAUCGGAUCCUGGUCAGUCUCAAGCGAACUCCACUGUCACAGCAAAGAGAAAUGUCGAAAACAAAGAGAGUUUACCAGCAGAGGAAGAGCCUGUGGGAGACAAAGACACAAUCAAAUCUGACAAGUGGAGGAUUAUAGUGGAUGAAGGGCUGAUGAAGAUUGAGUCAUUUCCCCAUUUCUUCCAUGGAGAUUACUGCGUCCCACGGGAUAUUCAAUGGGCUCCAGAUGAUAAUGUCAGUGCAGAAUGUAAAGAUCCUGAAAAUGUGAUCGAGGUGAAAGAGCCGUGGCAGUGGCUUGGUCUUGAUGUCAGAGGACCCCUGCCCCAAACACUGAACGGACACAAAUACAUCAUGACUGUGACAGAUUACUACUCCAAGUGGGUGGAAGCUGUGCCAAUAGAGUCGUGCCUCCCUCCGCAUGUCGCAAAGCACAUCGUGGACAUCAUCAAUCACUUUGGAUUCCCACUGAGAAUCCUCUCCAGGCUGCCUCAUGACAUAGUCCACAAAAUCAACAGAGAACUGAAGGAUCAGCUGAACGUCAGCGUCGCUCUUGUCGUCUAUCAUCAGCAGACAGGCAUCGCAGAUCUGAUCACACAGCAGCUGAUUAACAGGAUGGUCAGUGAUCUGAUAGAAGAGCAUGCAGCCGACUGGGACGUCUACCUGCCCGCCAAGGUUUUCAGUCUGUGUUUCAAAGAGCAUCCGCUGACCAAGCAGAGGCCGUUUUCCAUGCUCUGCUGUAGAGGACUGGAGCCUGUCCAAUCCCCGAGAGGACUGGAUUUUGCUUAUUCUAAGAUCCGAGAGAGUGCUUUCGUGGUGAGAUAGACGGGUAGAUUUAAAGUGGAAUACCAAUCGGACGUAUGAGAAACAUGGAUGAGGAAUAUUUUUGGGUCAUUAUAGUAUUCUGACUUAGUCGAGGAUCUUCACGCUGAAGUUACUGUACUUCACUUCAUGGCUCCAUUUUAGGAACUCGGGAAUCCUGUUUUUUAAAACCUGGACAAGGACACUGCUGACAAGGACAGAUCCUGGAUAUGAAGCUCCAUUAAGUCUAAAAAAGAAAGCCAUUUUCAGAUUUGGAUGUGUGUUUUUUUUUGUUCACGGCUUGGCUCGGGCCUUUCUUUGUAGAGUUACCAUGUUUUCUCUGUGUCUACGGGUACUCUGGCUUCCUCCCACAGUCCAAAGACAUACAGAUUGAGGUUAGGUAGAUUGGAGACUCAAAAAGUAGGUGUUAAUGUGAGAGUGAAUGGUUGUUUGUCUCCGUGUGUUGCCCUGUGAUUGCUGGUGACCUUUCCAAGGUGCAGACCGGCUCUCGCCUAAUGUCAGCCGGGAUUGGCUCCAGCUCCCCAAUGAUGGCUCCAAGAAUAAGCAGUAUAUAUGUUGGAUGGAUGGAUCAUAUUGUACGACCAUAGACUGUAAAUAUACAAAACCUAGUAGAAUGAGAGCAGCAGGCAGUUUGUUACCAAGAGCAGGUGACCAUGGAUUUCUAUUAUGACCAAAAGUGGAUAAAAGUGAUGGACCGUAUUACAGUAAGUCUGAGCUUGAGCUAUUGGAGGCUGAUAGUUACAGCAUUUUGUUUUACAUUAGGAUUUGAUUGUGUCUUGUGCGAUGGCUUCCUGUUUUCAUGAAUGGUUCUUCUAAAGCAGAGUCAGUCCAGACAUUUGAAAUGUCCAAUUUCAAGCUGCUGUGCAGGAAUUCGUUUUUGAAGUUUUUGUCUAUAAAAAAGAAAAACAAAUAAAAAUAGGAGUGAGACAAUCAAAUUCAUGUGUAAUCAAUUUGAAUUCAAGACCAAUUGUUCUGUCAGGACCAUGACUUUUCUUUGGCUUAAAUGAAGUAAGAAUACAUUGGUAUGAUCUGCACCUGUCUGUGGAGUCCAUGAGAUUGAAGUCCUGCAGUAAAACUACGGUAUCUCAAACGAAA